AGUAAAAAAGGAUGAACAUAAAAGCGGAUCUCGAAUUAUUCCGUGAAAGGCAUUCCCACAACGUCGAUGUGUUUUUUUUUAUCCAAAAUCAUUACCGAGUGAUUCAACUUUAAAAUCAUCGAUGAAUAAAUUCUCCCCACGUCAACUCUGAGCCUCAAAUUCUCCAGUUGAAAUACUCCAGGGUAUUUCUCCUAUCACCAUCACCACUGGAAAAAUAAUAAAGAAAUGUCUACCCAUGGAGCACAUCCCCAAGUGCAACUCAUAAAAUCCGACUGAUCAUUCUCUCCAGGAAGAACAUGACCUAGUGAUCGCAAUAAUUGAUUUUACACCCUUGGGCGAGUAAUUCAUGAAUAUCUAGUUAAUGACUACGAGGACAAAUACUUCGAGUACUCGAGGAUUUAAUUGUGAUAAAGAGUUUAUCAGUUCUCCAGAGACUCGUGACAAAAGGGAAACAAUGGAGGGACCAGAAGUAACAUUUCUCUUUCAAUUCGGAUUACUCCGAGACACAGUGACAGUCGAAGCAAGUGCAUUAACCCUAAAAGCCCUGAAAGAUCACGCCUGCGAUUUCAUAAAUGUGAAAUGCCCAGAGCACGGGCUAACUCAACUAUUCGAGAGACUCCUCUUAUUCAAGCACGACUACAAUUCAACGAACAUCCUUCAACUGAUAACAAAUGCAACGGAAGUAAUCGACGAGACACUAGUGGAGAUAGUCCUGACAGGUCAAGUACCAACGGAGGAGGUGUUAGUCCGACCCCACGCCCUGGUGGUCCACUCGUACAAGGCCCCCACAUUCUGUGAUUUCUGCGGUGAAAUGCUGUUUGGCCUUGUCAGGCAGGGACUAAAAUGCGAGGGCUGCGGCAUGAAUUACCACAAGCGGUGUGUAAUUAAAGUUCCCAACAAUUGCAUGCAGGAUCAUAAUCGCCGAAGACGCAGCUCAACACUCCUCAACGUACCUAGAUCACCUAGCCAGGGAUCAACAAGCAGUUUAACAAGCGCCAGUGACGACAAUCACAGCGCAGGUACAUCAUCCACAACGAGUAAUAAUCCCACACUAUCAAUACCCUCGAUAAUAACACCGAAACAGUCGAGAUCGCCAUCACUGGGUGGUAGGCCAAUCUGGAUCGAGCGAGAAAUGGCAGCGAGAAUUAAAAUACCCCAUACAUUUGUGGUACAUACGUACACAAGACCGACGGUAUGUGGCUACUGCAAGAAAUUACUUCGAGGAUUGUUCAAGCAGGGACUGCAGUGCAAGGAUUGCCAGUACAACGCCCACAAGAAGUGCAUUGAAAAAAUUCCAAAGGACUGCACUGGAGAGAAUCCUAAAGACGCUGGAGGCAAUGAUUACGCGGACAGUGACAUUGGCAGUGAGCCAGAGAGUAGAUACGAUGGAAGAAAUGAAGAGGGUGAUGGUGACAGUGACGCUGAAUCACCACCGAGAACAUCACACAUAUCCUACGAAGAGGCUGACGAUAAUCACCAGGUGAAUGGUGAUUACAACGAUCAGAUACCGAGUCGUGAUGAUGGAUCACCAGAUGACACCAGAAAAUCUCAGCCAUCGAGUUGCAGUUCGAGUCCUAGUAAUAAUAUUCCCCUGAUGAGAAUUGUCCAGAGUAUAAAGCACACGAAGAGACGUGGAUCGAAGGUCCUGAAGGAGGGGUGGAUGGUGCACCUGACGAAUCGAGAUAGGCUAAAACGUCGUCACUACUGGCGUCUUGAUUCAAAAUCAUUGAUGCUCUUUCAAACUGACACUGGCUCGAAGUACUACAAGGAAAUUCCUCUAGGUGAGAUCCUGGGGAUUGAUACAGUGAGACCACACAUAUCAUCGGAGGCCACUCACUGCUUCGAAUUAAGAACAGCAAAUGUCGAUUAUUACGUGGGUGAGGAUCCCCUCAGACUCGAUUCCAAUGCACAAUUGCCACCACCAGAGAGCGGAAUUGGUGCACAUCUAGCUAAAUCAUGGGAGACGAGUAUUCGUCAUGCACUGAUGCCAGUGACGAAUAAUUCGAGUUCCAGUGAGGAUCAAUCGACUGAACCCGAGGAGACAAUCACUGAUAUGUCGCAGUUGUAUCAAAUAUUUCCUGAUGAGGUCCUGGGUUCUGGACAAUUUGGAAUAGUCUACGGUGGGACUCAUCGUAAAACGGGAAGGGCUGUUGCCAUCAAGGUCAUCGAUAAACUACGAUUUCCAACAAAACAAGAGGCACAAUUGAAGAACGAAGUGGCUAUUCUCCAGAAUUUAUCGCACAGUGGAGUUGUCAAUCUCGAGAGAAUGUUCGAAACACCAGAGAGAAUUUUUGUUGUCAUGGAGAAGCUGAAGGGCGACAUGCUGGAGAUGAUUCUCAAUUCAGAGCGCGGAAGACUCAGUGAACGCAUCACCAAAUUCCUGAUAACCCAGAUUCUCAUUGCCCUUAAGCAUCUGCACAGUAAAAAUAUUGUUCACUGCGAUCUCAAGCCCGAGAAUGUCCUUUUGAGCUCAAAUAAUGAUUUCACACAGGUGAAACUCUGUGAUUUUGGAUUUGCCAGGAUUAUUGGAGAGAAGAGCUUCAGGAGAAGUGUCGUGGGUACUCCAGCCUAUCUAGCACCUGAGGUGCUGAGGAAUAAGGGAUACAAUCGAUCCCUGGACAUGUGGAGUGUUGGAGUAAUUGUUUAUGUCUCGUUGAGUGGAACAUUUCCUUUUAAUGAGGACGAGGACAUCAAUGAGCAGAUCCAGAAUGCAGGAUUCAUGUAUCCACCCAAUCCGUGGAAGGAUAUAUCAGGUGAUGCUAUUGAUUUGAUAAAUAAUUUACUGCAGGUGAAACAGAGAAAGAGAUUCACUGUUGAUAAGAGUCUGGCCCAUGUGUGGCUUCAGGAUUAUCAGACGUGGUGUGAUCUCAGACAGCUCGAGGCACAAGUUGGGUGUCGAUAUUUGACCCAUGAGAGUGAUGAUGCACGGUGGAUGGCUCAUGAGCAUCAACAGACAUGACACGAUUAUCUACCGAGAAUCAACGAAUCUUCAUCGUUUCCUUUUCAUAAGGGAUGGGCGAGAUCUGCACGAGCCACUCUGCGACGAUUUAUUCGUGCCUGAAGAAAAAAAAUUAUUUACCAGUAAUUAUGGAAUUACUCCCUAAUUUUCUGCUGGCAUAUCACUGGAAUUUAUGUUUAGAAUCAGCGAGGACAUCAUUUCGGGCAGAAAGUUUAUGAAGGCCUGUAGAUAUUUUUUUUUAUUAUCGAGUUUUAGAAUUCUCAAGGACAUUCCGAGGAAUCAUCGCUGCUGGUGGAUUGAUGUAGAAUAAUUCAGGGGAAGGGGCUGCUGCUUGUGAUGAAGAUGUCUAGGUUUUAUAGGUGAUCGGGGAAUUUUUGCAGAUCGUUGGGGGAUUUUUGGGUAAAUCUUAGAUUACUAUGGUAUUUUGUCGGUGAAUUAGAGAAAUUCAUUGAAUCGCUUCUUUACAUUUUAUGCUUGUGGGAAAAGGAGUCAGUAGGUUUAGAAUCCUUGAAUUCUUCGGGGAAAAUUCAAUGCUAUCGAUGACCAGUGACUGGCGGUUACCUAUCCAAAUAAUAAAACGACUCAAAAUAUUACAGCUUAAAAUAUUCCAACAAAAAAUACAUUAUUUCGAGGCAUGGCAUGAACAAGGCAAAAAAGAUAAUGAAUUCUCAUGAUUGGUAGAUAAUUGUCAAUUACCCUCGAAAUUUUACUCGCUACAACCCCUCAAUAUACCAAUAAUUUAUAAAUAUUUCAAAUGAUAAUAUAACGUUUAAGGGAUUUUCCUUAAGAAAUAAUAAUAUUACGAUAUCGUAAUAUCUCGACUUGUAAUAUUUUUCGGGCUAAUAUU